UCAUGUCGAUUCAAAGCAAGCGACAGAUUAUCUCAUGAAAGGCAAAUCUUUUUCUAUAAAGGAAGAUAAUCUUCAACUCAUUUAUUAGCAUUUUUACUGAUUUGAGAUGCAGCAAAGUAACCAACGAAUUCUGCAGUCUUCCUUGGCAGCUAGUAUUGUCUUACUGUUCAGUAUAAUUUGUACGGUUUAUGCAGUAACAGAGGAAAAAGUAAUCCCCGUUGACAGAGGAUACACAGUUUCGCCUACUCAGACGCAACAAUGUCAAAAGAUCUGUGUUACUGCCACACAAAUUCAAACUCAAAGUUGUAUUUAUACUCAAACACAGGCUCCGUAUUUGUCUCAAUGUGUGACCGCAAUGCCAACUACCUGUUAUAAAUAUGUGACGAAAUAUAAGGAAGUUUGCUGUGAACAAGAGUAUGAACAGCAGAAUUAUCAACAAGAACAGGUUUGUCAGCAGUACUGUCAACUUUCUUAUCAACAAUCUGUGAGUUAUCCAUGUCAAACUCAGAUUUACUAUCCAUGUCAAGAAUACAAGCUGGUAAAACUGCAGCAAUGUUGCCAAAUUCCAAAAUUAAAAUGUGUUCAAUACACCCAAGCAUGUAUAACCCAACAAGUUCAAGAGGAGCAGGCACAACAGCUGGCUCAACAGGAAGAGCAACAAGUCGAACAGGAAGCGCAACAAGUUCAGCAAGUUGAAGAAGCUCAACAAGAGAAUUAUUAUGGAUAGAAUGUUUAUCUUGACUUUUAUGUUUGAUGAAUCGUGCCAAAGAAGCACGGGAAUGUUUGCUCGCUAUUUUUCAUUUAUAUAAUAUAAAGAUGUUCUGAUUUGCUAUUGUUUCAUCUAUAUUCAUAUUUCUUCUGGGUCAUGUCUUUUCAA